AUGCCGACCAAGCGAAGACGGCUUACGCCAAAAAGCUCGUCCAACCUGUCUGCACGUUACCCGCUCUCAUUUAUGCUCUCGAGUCUUACCUACAGACAACCUGCCGGGUGUCUUGCCACCAGCGUUCAAAGUCUUGUUGUCACUGUUCCACCCAAACCUAACCGUUCAGCCAUCAACUGCAUUACCGGUGAUCUUUAUACCUUGGAUAUUUCCGGACAACCCGUGUUACUUCGCAAAUCACCUAUCAAACUCGCAGAACAGUACCAUCACCAGCAUACUAUUACUCAUGUCAAAUGGAAUCAGCAAGGAAACUGUCUCGCCACCAGCGACGAAACGGGAAAACUAGGACUUUGGAGUUUACAAGGGUCGGCAGAGACAUGGUCACUAAUCUAUCAAACCAAUGUGCAUCAACCACUCGCUUGUUUCCUGUGGCUCAAUGCCGAACGACGUUACGCCACACCAACAUCCAGUGAUCAGGAACAGUUUGUCCGUAAUCCGGUCUUUGGUCCACGCAAUCCUUAUGGUCAUCUUUCAUUUGUUACGGUGACUAUUCAGGGCGAAGUCCAAGUGCAUUAUCAACGCAACGGCACCAUCUUCUCCAGCUUCUCCACUACCUUACCUAAAAUUGGCCGUAAACAUCCCAUGGCCACCAGUGGUAACUGUUUUGGCGCGACGUUGGUGGGUCAGGACGAUUGGCAAAGGAUAUCACAUGCUUCCAUCAGCUUUGAUAACGAUGGGAAUAUCUAUCUUGCAGCGCAUUAUGCUACAUCGCAUCUCAAGUCGAUUCAUCUGUAUAAACUCAAUGUUCGAUUUCCUGGAAAAACAGACAAAGGAGGGAAGCAGGGGCUUCAGUUGGCAGCGACCUUUGCGAAAAAGAAUGUGUCCGAUGGUGAUCAUUCUAGUUUCUUUGGAAAAUGGCUUCUGCAAGAAACUUCUUUUCAGAUCUCCAGUGCUUUUGAUGCUGAUAAUAGUUACGGCUCCAACGCAACGAUGAAAACCACUAGACAGAUGUUCCAAUUUCAAUUAGGAUUCACGACUUCCAAGUGCUUCUUCACAUCAAUGGCUGUUACCCAUCAAGGUAUCUUGGCAGUCGGCUUAUCAAAUGGCAGUAUCCAUAUGCACUGCAGUGAAGGUGAUGACCUUCGAUUGUCUCCUCCUGAUGCUCAGCAAGUCGAACAACUGCAUUCCAGCUUUUUCCAAGUGAUUGCACCUCAUACAUACAAAGAUGGCUAUUCAGAUGCCAUUGCCGGGAUCGCCUUCUCCCCAAAUGAGACUCAUAUUGUAUACAUGUUUUCCUCUGGCAAAGUGGGGUCUUCUCGAAUACCGGUUGUUCGAGCGAUGAUUGGCAGUUUGUUGAAUCACACGGAUGAUACCGAUCUAAUUUCUGAGCUUGUACGAUUAAGCCAGACCGAAAACGCAGAUGUACCCGAGAAUAUCAUCAAAAAGGCCCUGGCGGUCUACAAUGCACAUUGUUCACAACGCUGUAUUUCCGUCAAUGUAUCACAAGACGAUAAGCCAAACCAAGAGGUCGGCUUGGAAGAUUGGAGUUUAGCACAGCUGGGACGUGCCUAUGGAUUGGCACUUGGCACCUACAAACGACUGUCUAAUAAGAAUACACAAUAUAUUAAUUUCUGCAAAGCGAUUCAACUGCCUAUCAUAUUAGAAUGUUUCAUCGGAAGCUGUACUUCCGACUACGCCGAGAUACUCAAAGUACUAGAUAGUCUGUGGUCUCUGAUCUCGUUAUCACAAUGGGUAUUAGACCACGUUCGAUGGGGAUUACGAGAAUGGUAUACGCUGUUCAACUGCAAACGACCAAAGGAUUCCAAUUCACGUCAAGCGCUCCGAAAAGAUCUAUUGAUGGUUCACCAAUUCAUUCGAUUUGCGACUUCUUCGUCGUACGAGUUUACCCACUUUCCCGAAACCUUGCCAAUGUUCAAACGUUACGCUUCCUCACUGCUUCCUUCCGAACCUGUGGCAAUCAAAGACGUCUUGGCGUUCUUGGAAGCGUUGGAUGCUUCCGAUAACGCAUCAUCACCCUCUACUGAGAGACGUGUCAUCAAUCGUCAUUACCUGCGUCGUCUGUCAGCAAAGCCCAAGAUCCCAGUGCUUGGGCACUGUGGCGACAAAGCCUGA